GGCCUGUCCCCGCGCGGGGCGGGCACCGUGACUCGGCUGGGCCCCCAGCGGCGGGCGAUGUGAAGAUGUCAGUGGGCUGUGCCUGUCCUGGUUGUUCCUCAAAGUCAUUCAAGCUGUACUCACCGAAGGAGCCCCCGAACGGCAACGCCUUCCCUCCCUUCCAUCCCGGCACCAUGCUAGAUCGGGAUGUGGGCCCGACUCCCAUGUACCCGCCUACAUACUUGGAGCCUGGGAUUGGGAGGCAUACACCAUAUGGCAACCAAACUGACUACAGAAUAUUUGAGCUUAACAAACGGCUUCAAAACUGGACAGAGGAAUGUGACAAUCUCUGGUGGGAUGCUUUCACAACUGAGUUCUUUGAGGAUGAUGCCAUGUUAACCAUUACUUUCUGCCUGGAGGAUGGACCAAAGAGAUAUACCAUUGGCCGGACCCUGAUCCCACGCUACUUUCGCAGCAUCUUUGAGGGGGGUGCUACGGAGCUGUACUAUGUGCUUAAGCACCCCAAGGAGGCAUUCCACAGCAACUUUGUGUCUCUCGACUGUGACCAGGGCAGCAUGGUGACGCAGCAUGGCAAACCCAUGUUCACCCAGGUGUGUGUGGAGGGCCGGUUGUACCUGGAAUUCAUGUUUGAUGACAUGAUGCGGAUAAAGACGUGGCACUUCAGCAUCCGGCAGCACCGGGAGCUCAUCCCACGCAGUAUCCUUGCCAUGCAUGCCCAGGACCCCCAGAUGUUGGAUCAGCUCUCCAAAAACAUCACCAGAUGUGGGCUGUCCAAUUCCACUCUCAACUACCUCCGACUCUGUGUGAUACUUGAGCCCAUGCAGGAGCUCAUGUCCCGCCACAAGACCUACAGCCUCAGCCCCCGUGACUGCCUCAAGACCUGCCUUUUUCAGAAGUGGCAGCGCAUGGUAGCGCCCCCUGCGGAGCCUGCACGGCAGCAGCCCAGCAAACGGCGGAAACGGAAGAUGUCAGGGGGCAGCACCAUGAGCUCGGGGGGUGGCAACACCAACAACAGCAACAGCAAGAAGAAAAGCCCAGCCAGCACCUUCGCCCUCUCCAGCCAGGUACCUGAUGUGAUGGUGGUGGGGGAGCCCACCCUGAUGGGCGGGGAGUUCGGGGACGAGGACGAGAGGCUCAUCACCCGGCUGGAGAACACCCAGUUUGACGCGGCCAACGGCAUUGACGACGAGGACAGCUUUAACAACUCCCCUGCCCUGGGCGCCAACAGCCCCUGGAACAGCAAGCCUCCAUCCAGCCAAGAGAGCAAAUCAGAGAAUCCCACGUCACAGGCCUCCCAAUAGAGGCCUCACCACGGCCACCCAGCACUCUGCCUGCCUGCCCCACCCCUCGCAGCCCCAGGGAGCAGAAGACAGAAUGAAGAGACUGAGCAUCUAUCUAUCUAUAGUGGGUAGCCUCCCAUCUACCCACUUCAGGGAGGAACUGGACUCUCUGGGGGCAGGUGCCAAGAUUUGCCCCCCCAGUGGCCCUGAGCUGGGCCUGGCCUCUGCAGAGCCUUUGGGGGGAGGGGUUACUCAUGUGGAUGCUCAUGUGGACCCUGGUCCUCUGAGAAGUGUCCUGACCACUCCCCAGGGCAUUUGCCUCCAUCUUCCCAGGUUCUGGGUUCCCCAUCCUCCUGAGUCCACCCCCUUCAAGCCUGGGGUUGUCUAUACCCACAGCCCUUAGGGACUUGGUAUGGGGCUUGGUUGAGUGCCCCUCCCUCAAACCUUCCCUGUAGGUGGCUGGUUGUAGAGGGGUACAGCUCUGGGCUCCUCCCUUCUGCCACCUAUUCCAGCUCCAAGUUUUUAAAAAAAAUAAUAUUAUUAAAAAUGUAAGUUUAAAAAAACCAUGUCCCCCCUUUGCCCCUUAUUAAAAGUCCAGCUACCUCCCUAAUUGGCAGAUGGGGGGAGGGUCUUAGGACCCAGGUGGAGGGGAGUGAGGGAGGGCAGGGGGUAUGCAUACAGUUUCAUACAGUUUGAGAACUUCAGACCAAGGAGACACUUUGCCAUCUCUUUCCUUUUCCUUUGGGGAGACGAGUUGGGGGUGGCAUCCCGUGGGGGUAGAGGGCAAUUGAUGACCUCCCCUUGAUGACAGCCCCCCUGUCUCUGUCUCCCUGUUCUCUGGAACUCACCUGCCCUCUUAGUGCUUGUGACUCCCUCUUGUCCCAGCCCUAGACACCCCUCACGCCCUCCCUCCACGGUGUGUAUAUUCUCUCCUAGAGCAGCUGUCCUGGAUAGGGGGAGGGGAAAGCCCCUCCCUUAGGGAGUGUGGAAGGAAGGGAACAGCCAUUGUUUGUCACUGUGUUUUGUUUUGUUUUGUUUUGUUUUUUUAUUUGUUUGUUUAGGUUGGGCAGGCAUGGGGUGGGGGAGGGUUUCAUUCACUCUCUCCAGUACUCUUCCUCCAGCCACUCAAACUGCACAUCUGUCCCCCCUUUUCCUCAGUGGUGGGGAAGGAGCCCCUGAGGAUGCCCCAGCGAAACCCACCAGGGAGCAAUAAGGCCUCUGUCCUCCAGCUGAAUUAGUCUUCAUCUCCCCAUAUCCCUUCCCUCCCCUUCCUCCUAGAAGGGAAGGAGUGACAGCCAGGAUCCUCAGCUCCACUUCAGUUGGACCCACAGAGGCACCAAGCCCAGGGUGAUGCCAAGAGCAGGAUCCCAUGUAUCUGGGCCCAGCUCUGGCUUCACUGCCUUUUCCUGUGGCCAGUUCCAGAAGUGUUAGCACCACCUCUCCCCACCCUUCCUUCUGGAUUCUGGGGUUCCUCUGCGCCGUUUCCUCCACUCCAGCUGCCACUGUUAGAAGAGGAUUGUGUCGGGCGCUGAGGGAAGGGGUGGGAAAGAUGGAUGUCCACCCCCAACUGUAAUGCCUUUUUUUUUUCUUUGCCAUUUGAGUCAUGUAUGGUACCAAUCAAUAAAGAGACUUUUUGGUUUGAGA